UAGAAUAUUACAAGACAUCUUUUCGUCAUCUUUGAUAAUCGAAACGCAGCAAACAUGUUUUUCAUUGAUAAACUGCCGUGACCUUUAUUAAUCAAUAAUAGCCCCCCAGUGGAUUUAAAAAGCACUUAUUUCCCAAUAACUCUUCCACUUCGUAUUACUAGGCAGUGUAAUCCAGUCUUGUUUUUCAGAGAUGGCAACAGGUGGUAAUUUGGCUCUUUUGUCGGUUUCCAACAAAACCGGUCUCAUAUCCCUCGGGAAAAACCUUAAAGAUUUGGGUUUUACCCUUGUGGCAAGUGGUGGUACUGCGAAGAGUCUCAGGGAGGCGGGGCUCGCUGUUAAGGAUGUCUCAGAGAUUUCUGGAGCUCCUGAGAUACUGGGAGGAAGGGUGAAGACGCUGCAUCCGGCAGUGCACGGAGGGAUUUUAGCUAGACUUAUCCCCUCAGAUCAGGAGGAUUUGAAGAGACAAAAAAUCGAUAUGAUCCGAGUCGUGGUUUGUAACUUGUAUCCAUUCGUUGAAACAGUUUCAAACCCAAAUGUUACAAUCGCCGAUGCUGUUGAAAACAUCGACAUUGGCGGCGUUACUCUGCUCAGAGCCGCCGCCAAAAACCACUCAAGAGUCACCGUAGUCUGUGACCCUUCAGACUACGAUAAAAUCAUCACAGAAAUGCGUAGCACCCCCAAUAAAGACACCACAGCUCAGACUCGUCAAACUCUGGCUCUUAAGGCCUUCACACACACCUCAGACUAUGACCUAGCCAUUACAGACUAUUUCAGAAAACAGUAUUCGGCCGGAGUUUCGCAACUUACGUUGCGUUAUGGCAUGAAUCCGCACCAAAAACCGGCGCAAAUUUUUACUACUUUAUCCAAACUACCGUUAACAGUAGUGAACGGAGCCCCCGGUUUUAUUAACUUGUGUGAUGCCCUCAAUGGAUGGCAGUUGGUUAAGGAACUUAAGGCGGGUUUGGGGCUCCCGGCAGCUACGAGUUUUAAACACGUAUCGCCAGCGGGAGCGGCUGUGGCUGUUCCUCUAGAUAGCACUCAGGCGAAAGUAUGUAUGGUCGACGAUAUUUUCUCCGAACUAACCCCCAUCUCUACGGCCUAUGCGCGGGCCCGUGGAGCGGACCGUAUGUCAUCUUUCGGUGACUUUGUCGCUCUUUCCGACCCUUGCGACGUAAUCACGGCCCGAAUCAUCUCCAGAGAGGUGUCCGAUGGAAUCAUCGCUCCAGGUUUCACACCUGAAGCUUUGGAAAUUUUGAGGAAGAAGAAGAAUGGCAAUUACUGUGUCCUUCAAAUAGACCCCAGUUACGAACCCGAUCCAAUUGAACGCAAAGUCCUGUUCGGCCUUACUCUGGAACAGCAGAGAAACAACGCUGUUAUCAACAAAUCUCUCUUUACCAACAUUGUCACCAAGAAUAAGUCUUUGCCGGAUGGAGCCGUUCGUGACUUGAUUGUGGCCACCAUAGCCUUGAAAUACACACAAAGUAACUCGGUUUGUUACGCGAAAGAUGGGCAAGUUAUUGGGAUUGGAGCGGGACAACAAUCUAGGAUUCAUUGUACGAGGCUUGCAGGGGAUAAGGCUGAUAACUGGUGGAUCAGACAGCACCCGAAAGUUAUCAAUAUGAAGUUCAGGAAAGGGGUGAAAAGGGCUGAGAUUUCAAACGCGAUAGAUAACUACGUUAACGGGACUGUUGGCAAAGAUAUGGAUCGGAAAGUGUUCGAAUCGAUGUAUGAUGAAGUACCGACUGAGUUGACUCAAGCUGAGAAAAGGGCAUGGUUGGAUCAAUUGAAGGGUGUUGCUGUUGGGUCAGAUGCCUUUUUCCCCUUCCGGGAUAACGUGGAUAGGGCCCGUCUGAGUGGGGUCUCCUACAUUGGGGCUCCCGCCGGUUCUACAAAUGACGCCGAAGUCAUUGUUGCGUGCAACGAACACAACAUUACUUUGGCCCACACAAACUUGCGGCUCUUCCACCACUAAUUUUACGGACUAUAUUUUUGUAUACUUACCUAAAGCAUGUAGAUAUUGUACUCGAAUAAACGAAAUAAAAAUAUUUUUCCAA